GCAGGGGGGGGGUGGGGGUGAGGUCCUGGAGCGGGUUUGGGUUGCAGUUUCCUUGUGCUAGUGAUCCUGUCCCCUCCUCGCCAGCGCCAGGCUCCUCCCCCUCGGCGCGGAUGACACUAGGACCUCCUUAAGUUGCGUCGCGCCACAGCUGUCUGCGAACACUGAGCUGCCUGGCGCCGUCUUGAUACUUUCAGAAAGAAUGCAUUCCCUGUAAAAAAAAAAAAAAAAUACUGAGAGAGGGAGAGAGAGAGAGAGGAAAAGAGAGACGGAGAGCGCGCGCGACAGAGCGAGCCACGCAAUCUGACCGAGCAGUUUCUGCUCUCCCAGGUCACACGCCUCCUCCUCCUCCUCCUCUCUGCUCCUCGAGACCCAGGUGAGCCGAGCAGAGCCUCGGCCUCGGAGCCGCUGAGGAAGCCCCGGCGCAGAGGAGCCUCGUCUCUGCAGAAGUCCAGCCACCCUCGCUCGCCCCCCACCCCCCGCUUUCAAAUUCGGUCCCCUUUUAUCCCUCCCUCCCUGGUUUUGGGGGAUUCCUCUUUCCUUCCUCUUCUUCUCCUUGCUAAGCGACCACUUAAAAGACUUUUCUCCCCCUCCCCUUCUUUGCUCGCCUUUCCUUCCCACCUUUCCAGCAUUGCCCCACUGAAAGCAAAUCGUUAAACGACCCCCGCCCCUCCGACGGCAGCAGCACCUGCAGCGCCUCGGAGCCCCCCCUCCCGCCCCCCCCACCUCCCCCCCGCGACCUCCCAGCCCGACCGCCCUCCCUCUCCGCGCGCGGGUUCCGGGCCCGGCGAGAGGGCGCGAGCGCAGCCGGGGCCAUGGAGGUGACGGCGGACCAGCCGCGCUGGGUGAGCCACCACCACCCCGCGGUCCUCAACGGCCAGCACCCGGACACGCACCACCCGGGCCUCGGCCACUCCUACAUGGACCCGGCGCAGUACCCCCUGCCCGAGGAGGUGGAUGUACUUUUUAACAUCGACGGUCAAGGCAACCACGUCCCUUCCUACUACGGAAACUCAGUGAGGGCCACGGUGCAGAGGUACCCUCCGACCCACCACGGGAGUCAGGUAUGCCGUCCGCCUCUGCUGCAUGGAUCCCUGCCCUGGCUGGACGGCGGCAAAGCCCUGGGCAGCCACCACACCGCCUCGCCCUGGAACCUCAGCCCCUUCUCCAAGACGUCCAUCCACCACGGCUCCCCGGGGCCCCUCUCCGUCUACCCCCCGGCCUCGUCUUCCUCGCUGUCGGCGGGCCACUCCAGUCCGCACCUCUUCACCUUCCCGCCCACCCCGCCGAAGGACGUCUCCCCCGACCCGUCGCUGUCCACCCCGGGCUCGGCCGGCUCGGCGCGGCAGGACGAGAAGGAGUGCAUCAAGUACCAGGUGCCGCUCCCCGACAGCAUGAAGCUCGAGUCCACGCACUCGCGGGGCAGCAUGACCACCCUGGGAGGGGCGGCCUCGUCGGCCCACCACCCCAUCACCACCUACCCGCCCUACGUCCCCGAAUACAGCUCCGGACUCUUCCCGCCCAGCAGCCUGCUGGGGGGCUCCCCCACCGGCUUCGGAUGUAAGUCGAGGCCCAAGGCGAGAUCCAGCACAGGCAGGGAGUGCGUUAACUGUGGGGCCACCUCCACCCCGCUGUGGCGACGUGACGGGACCGGGCACUACCUGUGCAAUGCCUGUGGGCUCUACCACAAAAUGAACGGACAGAACCGACCCCUCAUCAAGCCCAAGCGAAGGCUGUCGGCAGCGAGAAGAGCGGGAACGUCCUGUGCAAACUGUCAGACCACCACUACCACUCUCUGGAGAAGAAAUGCCAACGGAGACCCCGUCUGCAACGCCUGUGGGCUGUACUACAAACUACACAAUAUUAACAGACCCCUGACUAUGAAGAAGGAAGGCAUCCAGACCAGAAACCGGAAAAUGUCUAGCAAAUCCAAAAAGUGCAAGAAGGCACAUGACACGCUGGAGGACUUCCCCAAGAGCAGCUCGUUCAACCCGGCCGCCCUCUCCAGACACAUGUCCUCUCUCAGCCACAUCUCCCCGUUCAGCCACUCCAGCCACAUGCUGACCACCCCGACGCCCAUGCACCCACCGUCCAGCCUCUCCUUCGGACCUCACCACCCGUCCAGUAUGGUCACCGCCAUGGGUUAGAGUCCCUGCUCGAUGCUUCAAGGCCUCCGGGCGAGAGUCCUUCCAGCCCCUUCUACGUGCGUUUUUGCAGGAGCAGUAUCAUGAAGCCGAGAUCCGAUGGAUACCCGUGUUUUGAAGGCACAAAGCAAAAUGACGUCUGCCACUUUCUCAGAGGCGCUCGCUGUGGCCUCUGUGUUCUCAGUCACUGAAUCUGGAUCCCAUUUGUGAAUAAGCCAUUCAGACUCAUCUUCCCUAUUGAACAGGGUCUCUCUAGUGCUGUGAAAACAAACAAACGAGCAAGCAACUGAGCUGAACGUUGCAUAUAACUUAUAUCGUAAGAAUACUGUGCGUUUGAAGAAGACUUUACGGCAUCCGGGGAGCUGUAAGAAAGGCAUGAAGGACGCCAAGAAUUUUAAGGAAUACGGGGAAAUCAAGUGUGGAAAUGGAGAAGAAACUAGGUCUGAUAUUCAAAUGGACAAACGGCCAGUGUUGUUUCCUUUCACUGGCCAUAGUUGUUUGAUGCAUUAAAAGAAAAACAAAAAAAAAAAAAAAAAAAAAGGAAAAAAAAACAACAACAAAAAAAAGAAAAAAGUCGUAGGCAAAUCAUUUGUUCAAAGCCGUGGGCCUCUCUGUAUAGGAGAGUCUGUGAGUCCCAGGCAAUCAGUGUUACCACUCGCACGAUGCCGUAGAGGGGCUCAGCAAGCCUUUUCCGGGCCCACACGCUUUGUGAACAAGUCCCUUGUAAUUGUUGUUUGUAUGUAUAAUUCAAAGCACCAAAAUAAGAAAAGAUGUAGAUUUAUUUCAUCAUAUUAUACAGACUGAAUUGUACAAAUUUAUUUACUGCUAGUGUUAAGAACUACUUUUUGUUUUAAUAUUUUCCUUCUUUCUCCAGUUUUUUUUUUUUUUUUUUUUUGGUUGAAUAAACUAGACGACGUUCAGUUGACCUGAGGCGGCUGUGCUCCGGAGGGUCUAUUUUCCAUUUUGUUCCUUGAUGAUAUUUAUUAAAUAGCUUCUAAGGGCACAGCAGCAUCCGGCCCCUCCCUCCCGCACCCCGCAGCCUGUGCUAUGAGGGUAGCAGGUGUACGAGCUACCGACGUGCAUGUCAGCGACUUGGGCUGGACAGACCGGGUCCUGAGAGCGGCCUGCCUGAUUGUUAGCUCCCUGUUGCGUUCUGUGUUAGUGAUCACUGCCUUUCAUCCAGUCUGUUGGGAUAAUAAUAUAAAAGUACACAAUAAAGUGAAAAUAUUUUGAAAACAACCAAGUAACAUCGUAUCAAAGCGGUGGCCAAGCUCUUCUAGAAUCUGGUAGCUCUCGCUAAUUUAAACACAAAACCCAAACGUGUUAAGUUAGUGGCUAGGACAUCAUGCAAACCUCAGAUAGUCAACAGGUAUUCCUUUGGGAGGCUGGGCGUCUUCAGAGGUCUCUGUGCAGCCCAGAGGCUUUCUCGGGGAGUGGGGUAGGGGGGGCCGGAGUGCCUUCUGUGUCCCCUAGUGCGCUGCGACCCCUCCUGCUGGCCCGCAGGGCCUCGGGCGCCUCGCAGGAGCAGUGGGAAGAUUAAUUCGCGGAGAUGCACCAGCGGACUACAGCUGAUGGAUUCCUCAUGCUUCUCUGCAAGAUGUGACGACGCGGGGCCGGUGCUUGAGUUCAUCUCUGUUUUCCUUUCCUACUGUUGAAUAACACCACAGUGGAGGGUUUAUUGGCAUGUUUGCGGAACACGAAAAUAACCGUUUUUUGUAACUUACGCUGUAUAGUUUCCUUUUACUCUGUUGGCAGAAUGUGUAACCAUGGCACACAUUUUAAAAUCUCUGUUAAUCGCCUCUCUGCUUUCUUAGCAAAUAUUUUAAACCUAAGGCUAAAUGUUGAAAUAAAGGAGUUAGAGACCUACUGAGCUGCAAA